AUGAUAUACAAACUGACUUCACCAUUGGAAAACCCGCCCGAAUUCCCGACAAACACAAAUAAUUUGAUCGAAGCAGUAGCAGCUCCCGUACUGAAUCAACCGUCUGAUGUAGUUGUUGUAACUAGUUUGAUUGAAGGCAUCAAAACCUACAAUAUUAAGAAUCCAUUCACGUUUACAUGGCCAUUUUUAUGGCUAGGCAAUGCUUUGCGAAAUAAAAAGCUAGAAGCCCAAUACCUUGCACCUGGAAACGUGCCAAAUUUGACUACCUACGAUGGAUACGCGGCGUUCUUGGAUGAAUAUAGAGAGAAACAAAGAGUAAGAUCACUUUUUCAACAUACUAUGUAGUUGUUUUGUUUUUGUGACCGUUUUGUCGAGAAUAUCAGUUGGUGUAUAUUGUAUUUUUUGUUUUCUAUAGAAACGAAUUAUAUUUAUCACCAUGAGAAUUCCUAGAAGGAACUUAUACCAUACAUCCAAAUUUGACUUUCGUUUCUUCAUCUUAAUUUCAGGAAAAACUGUUUGGUAUCUUCCCGAUGAAGAAUUUUAUGCAUUAUCCGCUGGUGGAGGACCCAUCUUUUGAAGACAUCACCUGGUCAAACAGAUGGCAGAGUGACGAGGUGUUCACGCAGCAAAGAUUGGCAGGAUUAAACCCGAUGUCUCUGAGAAUCCUGUCCAUGGAUGGUAUAUUUAACAAAUGUAAAACUUUUCCGUGUUGAUAUACAGUUAUAUCAACACGAGUGGAAAUUGGGAAAACGAGAAAUUGUGUGGAAACACGACGCCCGGAGGGCGGAGUGUUUUUCCAAUUUCCACGAGUGUUGAUAUAACUAUAUAUCUAUACGGAAAAAUGUUUAUAUUUUUUUAUAAUAUAGCACAAAGAAAUAUAAAGAAAGAAAUUUUCCGUGUUGACAUUGGCCAAUCAGUGUUCAGAAUUUACAAAUGCUAUAUUAUAAUGAAUAUUCAAUAUGAAAUAUUCCAAUGUUCAAAAUGUUGUCUCGGGGAUUUUACCUCACCAGUAUAGAUGUGUAUUACACAUUCAUAGUUUACAUUUAUGCAAAUAUAUGUCACCAUCGUAUGCCCUAGACGAACCAAAAAUUAAACAUGCAAUGUUACAUAAAAAAUUGAAAAUUACGAUACUCCGUUUGAAUACUCCGUUUGAAUACCUGACUUGCUGAACGGUUUUGAUGUUUCUCCAUUUGUGGUCUUGGAAACAUUGUUGCAGAGACAAAAUCUUCUUCCUACUAGCAAAAAUGUCCCUAAACAAAUCUGAAAACAUAUUUUGAUUCCAAGUUUGAUUUUCGCCGGUGAAAGAAUUCUCUUAUUUUCCAAUGUGGAUAAACAUGGACAUAGUCGGUCUCCACAGCAAUAUUUGCCUAAACUCUAAAGCCCAUUUUUCACUAUUCGAAUUUGUUCACGCGAACGGUAAAAAGUAGGAACUGAUCCAACUUUUCAGCGGCAGAUUUUUUCGCUGACCAAUCACAUUGCCAAGAUUUGUUUUUCGCUUCGCGUGAACAAAUUUUCCUAGUGGAAAAUGGCUUUAACUGCAGGGAUUUGGCAUUCUUUUUUCAUUUCGUGGAAUUCGUUUUUAAUUUUAGAUUCGAUUGUGAACGAUUACUUUAACUGGGCUUUUAACUGGGACGAAGCAAUGAGAGAAGUUUCGGGCAGUUCCUUUAUUGAGGUGAGAUGAAAAACUAGAGAGACAACGUCUUUGUGUUGGGUUCGCCAUGAUUGAACGCUCUGUGUUAUAUCUAUGCAUGUUUUGUCUAGUGUAUGCUUUCUUUCAUACCUUGAGUGUAUUUUGACAUCUCACUAUAAACAUCCUAUGGCGAUGCUGCAGUACGUGUAUCACUUGGAACUGAAGACAGAUUUAUUUGCAAACGUUGCAGAUGUCUAAUUGUAACGAUUUUUUCUUCCUCCUGAACAUUACUAAGUGUCUCUUAAUUAACAAUUGUUCUUGACAUUUUUGACUGCCGUUUUUUACGAGAAUAAUGAAUUAGCAAGGGUUCUGCUCUCAGUUUAGGUUAUGAAAUUACUCACUUUGAAUUAUUCGCCUGUGUCAAAAUACCACAGCGCCUUUACGAAGGGAAAAAUUACACCACUAAUAUAUAUGCGCUUUAUUUUUAGAUGGUUAACAGUGGAAAAGUUUUUGUUCUGGAUUAUCCAUUACUUCAAGGUAUUACCAACAUUGAAGAUAUAGAGGUGAAUGAUCCAAACCACAGACCAAUGAGGAAAACAGUCAGCCCGAUUACCGUGUUUGCCUCAGUACCUAGUGGCAAUGCUUAUACUGGAAAGAGCGAGAAUACUUUAAAACCUGUGGCCAUUCAGAUGGACAUGGAUAAAGGUAUGAUGGAGGCCAUGGAGGGCAUUGUCUUUGUAAUUUAUUUUCUGCCUGAGGCAGGACAGAUGCUCUGCCUUUGCAUGAAAAUGUGUAUUCGUUGGUCCAUCAAUGUCACUAUAAAAGUUAUAAGCAAUAGAGAAUCUUUAUCAUUCUCAACUUUUAUCAAGAUUAUGAUUACAGCAUAGUAGCUGGCUAACUCAAGUUAAUCAACUCUGCUGAUGUAAAACUGUUUGCUAUCUAUCGGCUAGUCUAUACUAUUAACACAUUUUUCUUUCAUUGGCGUGGUUUUCUCUGACAUCAGUGCAGCGAAAUAUAAUCUCAAGUAUUUUCCGUAUUAAUUACAAAUCCCCUCCAGUGUCCAUCGCACUUAUCGACCGCCGUCUGCUAAAUGAUCUAAUCAACAGAACAUUUAAAUCGCAUGUGGUCUUUAUGUCCCAAAGAAUUGUUAUGUCCCAGAGAAUUGUUCUAACUUUGUGCCACAGCAUACUAUUUUCUACAUAUGCAAGGCAAUCGCAACAAUCCAUAUCAUGAGUCGAUCUAGUUAAAUACGGUUGUCGACGAAAAAGGGAAAAACGAAGAUCAUUGCAGAAUUCAUCAAAGGUUUUCUUUGGGAGCCGUUUACUGCUAUACACAAUACUCGCAGAUCUAGUUAUUUCCAUAUCUGGUGAUGUAGAAUCUAAUCCUGGACCUGCAUCGAUUACUAAUAGUCAACAAGCAAGUGGUUUUCUUCAAUCUCGGGGUCUUAAGGUUGCACACCUCAAUAUCAGAAGUAUCUACAAUAAAACAGAUUCAUUAAAGAUUCUACUUAAUGAAAAACAUUUUGAUAUUUUUACGAUCUCUGAAACCUGGCUAAACUCUGAUAUAACUGAUGGUGAAACUCUAUUUCUGGCUAUACGCUUUCCAAAAAUGAUUGGAAUGGAAGAUCUGGUGGGGGUACGUUAGCAUUUGUGAGAGAUGGCAUCCCUUACAAAACACGGACUGACCUUCUGAGUAGCAAUAUCGAAUCCACUGUUAUUGAAAUUAGGCGUCCAAAAAGCAAAAGCCUUUUUAUAUUCACAAUCUACAGGGUGUAUAAAAAAAACUGAACAGAUUUGAAAUUGCUCUUCAUUUCGCAAAACAGCUAUUAGUAUCCAGUUUUGGAUGUAUAUAACUUCUUUCAGUUCUUUGGGUACUUAUAAUGUAGAAUAAUAACAUAAAAUUGUUGAACUCAAAUUUUGUGAACCAGGGGGUGUGUCUUUUCCAACAAUUAAAAAUAGCUUGCGUACAAAAUUAAAAGCUUUAAAAAUAUUUUAAGUUAAUAGAUGGAAAAUAUGUUAGGUUUUUAAUUACUGUAAAAAAUUUCAGACAAUUUGCUUUAGCUUAAGCCCUCUAACUAUUCACGCAAACUUACAUUUUUAAAAAAAAAUUAGUUAUUUGCAUGCUAAUUAAUGCAUUUACCUAAUUUGCAUAUGUCAGCAAUAUGCAAAUUAGGUAAAAGCAUUAAUUAAGCAUGCUGUGGGGAAUCUCCCAGAAACACUGAAUGAUUCGCUUUCUUCAAUACACAUUUUCACGUUAAUAAACACAACUUUACAAACAUAAAUAAAAUGGUUUCCUUCGCCUCAAUAUAAACCUGUAUUGUCAGUCCAACGUGUCAGUAUUUCCGAUUAAUUCCCAAAAUAAUUAAAAUAAAUUAUAUUUAAUAUCAACACCAGUCCCAGUUCUUACACUCUCCCCCCAUUAAAGCGAUGACUAGCCGCUUUAAUGUUGUUCAAUUCGUUUGUUUGAUCCUCUUCCUGUUCGUUCAGUGUGACUCCCACCAUUUUGUCGAUCGCCGCUGUCUUUGCUUUCCCUCAACGUCUUUCUCUAGUAUUUGCAUCACCUGAAUUGUCGACUUUAUCUUUUAUGACAGGCUCGUCCGUAGAUCUUCAUGGCCAACUCCUGUGUGACAUCAGUUGUCUCAUUGAUCUCCGGUUGUUCUGGCCACUGGUCAUGCUUUAGCAGCCAAUCCGGUCCCUUGUACCAUAGAUCCCCGAGCUUGUCUGGCGCUGCUCCCCUUGUGCCCAGAUCGCUUGGGUUGCUGUUAGACGGAACAUAACGCCAAUCUGCAUCUCCAAGCACCUUUAUCUUCUUGACCCGAUUUCUCACGAAAGCUGACCAGAUACCCUUGUUUGCGAGCCAAUAGAGAACCGUCAGGCUACCACCCAAUGGUGUACGGAUCGAAUAGGCUGUAUUUCCAACGCUCUAAGAACAUUACUUUGCAGCUUCGCCAGGGUCAUAGCAGCGAUUAACUCCAAUCUGGGGAUACUUGUAUCCUUCGGCGCGACUCUCGACUUUGCCACAAGCAGCAAUCCAUCGUGUAAAUUGCCGCACAUAAGCUUUCUUGCUCGCAACUGAGAAUCCAUGGAUCUCAAAUUCGCUACCACCUUGUGACACUAUGCUUCGAGGAACAGUGAUGAAACUUUGUCGUCGCAAUCCAUUGAUCCAGCACCACCAUGAUUGUACAAUGUCCGGGGGUAGGAUUUCAUCCCAAUGCAACUUCAGGAAAAAAACAUUACUAAACAUCACCCUCAUGAUUAUCAACACUGGGGAUGACUAUCCAAGGACAUCAAAGACACUGUUGAUUGCUACCACCAUCUUUCGUUUGGUUUUAGGAGACUUAAUGUUAAGAGAAGGUUCGAAUGACACUGUCCUACAGUCGUUUGACUUGUCCCAUGGUAUUCCCAAAAUCUUUGUUCGGUUGGUUUUAGGAUUUCCGACUACAGUUUUGGCAUAGGUUCGUUCCUCCUCCUUCUCAUUACUGUCCGUGUUAACUGAUAGUACGUUACUGUGCCACUUGUGCAGUUGGAACCCAGCACCUGCCAAAAUCGUUGUAGCUUCUUCUCUAAAUUGUACCACAUCCUUUUUGGAAUCACCACCACCUUGUAUAUCAUCAACAUAGGUGUCAUCUGUCAGCAUUUGAACCGUCUCUGGAUAGAUGCUUUGAUACCCUUCCAAAUACUUUUGUAAGGUCGCACCAAGAAUAUAUGGACUCGGUGUUGCUCCAAAGAUAACGCGUGUGAAUCUGUACUCAAGUAUGUUCCGAUUACACAAAUCGUCAAACCAGAGAAUCCAUUGGGCGUCACGAUCACAUUCUUGAACAAUAAUUUGAAGAAAUGCUUUUGCCAUAUCUCCUGUGAUGCAAUAUCUUCGAAAACGGUUGCGGAGAAGGAUAUCGAAUAGAAGAGGCUGGAAAGAAGGUCCGCUUCCAAGCAGUCAUUCAAAGAUGGGGUGGUGGCAUCUGGUUUUGACGAACAAUCAUAAACAAUGCGCAUUUUCGUCGAUUGUGCUUGCUCUCUAAUAACCGGUUGAUGCGGAACAUAGUGCACAAUCUCCCCUGUUGGUUGUACUGGAACUCAGGAACUGGCUCAAUCACACCUUUUCCCAAGUGAUCUUGCAUAACGUCAUCAUAUUCUUUCAAUUUUCCAAUCCGUUCGAGCUUCCGUGUAACACUGUACAGUCUAGCUGUUGACUGAUUCUUGUUCUCUUGCAACGGUACGUGUCCGACUUUCCACGGUAAUCUUGUUUCAUAAAAUCCAUCUUGGUUUUGUAUAAGCCGUUUCUUGAAUUCCUCAUGUUCAAAUGAUGACAUGUCCACAGGGUCAGUCACACCAAGAACAUCACCACUGCAUAACCGCUCAAAUUCCUCUUGCCCAGUAUUAAGAAGGAACUGCUUGUCUGACUGGUUACUUGUUCGAACACCUCCAUACACUGUCCACCCCAACAUUGUAAAUUCUGCUCCUGGAUCCUUUUCUGGUUGGUUACCCAAUAUUGGUGGCUCACUAGACUUGAUGCGUUGGAAAUCAGCAACUCCCAGCAUGAUAUGAGCAGGAAGGGUGUCUCCAGUUGACUUCUCUUCACUAAUGUUUAGUCGACGCAGCCGUGGUUGCUUCCUCUUUACUUGCUCAACGUUUGGAUUUGGUAAAUGGGUCAGGAUGGGUUUCUCUGCGUUGAUGCACUCCAGGUCAACUUUGAAUUCGUUCUCGAUUGUCGAUUUAACAGUUACGUUGUAAACCUCAACGACUUUGGUCAUUGAUCCAUACAUCUGUUCAAUGCAACGUCUCUCCUUCCUGGCUGGCUAUAAUCCUAAUUUGGUAAUAACAUCAGUACAUAUAUACGAACUGCUGGUUCCUGUAUCAAUCAUGAGACGCACUUGUUUGCCUUCGACAUUUGCGAGUAAGGUUGGGUGAAUUACUGAAGUGUUUUGAAGGGUACUACUCACACCUUUUUCCAUUAGGUUGUUGUUCAUACCAUCCAGUGACGAUUUUUCCUGUUGUUGGCAUAUUGAGGAAUGGUGCUUCUGCCCACACUUGUGGCACCCUCGCGCACGACAUGUUGAUGCAGGAUGUCCUGGUAAUGCACAGUUGAAGCAAGCUUUCUUUUGCCUCAGUAUGCCCCGACGAUCAGCCACACUCAAAACCUUUGUACACUUUACAGCAGAAUGCGCAGGGGAAUCACAAUAAAUACAUUUCGGUCGUCUGUAUCCACUUCCCCCAUUACCAAACAAGAGUUUAUCACGAUUGCGCCAAUUAAGUUUGCUCCCGUUCCGAUCAUCCUUGACUUCUUUCUCCUCCACACGCAAUGGGUGUCGAUCAACAUAUUUCUUCAAGUUAUCUACAAGUUGCUUAAGAUCCCAUUCUUCCCAAUCAUCACCCUUUUGUACUAAGACUUCUCGAACUGGUCCUAGCUUGUCCAUAAGAGUAUGAACUGUUGAUUGUGCUGAUGCCAAUUUAUCCAUAGUGGUUAGUGUUCUCACAAUUCUAGAAAAUUUGUUAUAAAAGUCGUGAAUGGACUCCAGCUUGUGGAUGCUUGUAAUGGCAUGGAGGCUUUCUAGAUCUUUUAUCAAUGCUCUGUAAACCAGGGGCGGAUCCAGGAUUUUUCAAAGUUUUCAGAUGCACAAUCUAGUUUUGCGAGCGGUGAAUGCGCGAGGCAACUGGGAGAGGGGGGGGGGGUCUGUCCUCCAGGGUGUCUGUCCCCAGGAAAUUUUUUAUAUUUAAACCUCAGAAACGCCAUUUGCAGCACUCUGAAAGCAGCUUCAACAAAAAAUUAACCUCAUGAAUUGGGAGAUAAUUAUAGCAAUUAUCAGUCUCACUGACUCUCGACACAACUCGCUCCUUAGGGAAAUUUAAAAGAGAAGUACUUGCAGAAAUGUGAUAAGUGUGGAAGAUGUUUCAUUUUAUCAAAUUAUGGAUUGCUAGUAUUAUGUUCAACUAACUCAUGAUGGUACUACACUCAUUUAUGUUGCCUAAUAGCCUUGUUGAGUCAUUGAUCACUUGACUAGUAAUCACUACAGUGUCAUAUUACUCAAAUAAACAUAUAUCAAUAUUAAAGUUUGAACAUUCAUCAAUAAAACCUGACCUUUAGAUCCUAUGUAUGCUGCAUUAAUGCAUUUAUAUCGAUUAUCCUCAAUAUUAAUAGCCUCCUGAGUUCUGACGGUCAUUCAACCGCACAACUAUGCAAUUUUGUUGUGUAAAUCAAAAUUCAUGGCUAAAUCAAGAUACGCGUAUUUACAUAUGCGUGGCGUGCAUCUUGUUCACUUAUAAAUAUUGUUAUGCUGUUUAAAACGAAAUAAAAUUUACAUAUCACAUUAAAUUUACCUUAUUGCACUUCAGAAUAAAGAUCUCGGCGCCAAUACUUCUGCUCAAACAGUCAAACUGUAGUUCGUGCUACUCAUAGCGCCUAGCAACUGCUCACUGAAUCGAACUCUCCGAUAUUUAGCGUCGAUUAUCCUCCCAAAAUCAGCGCAACAGUCUUGUAAGACAGCUAAAUCAUUCACCGCAAAUGCGGAUUCAACCGUUUCAUGAAUACUACAAGGAUGGGAGCAGCAGACAUUUCGAAUUUUCCGUAGGUAUAUAUCUUUAAAUUGAAUCUUUCGACAAAGCUCCAACAUGACACUUCGAAUGAGCGCGCGCUCGGAAAGACUUUACCACGCGUGAAAUAUAAUAUUAAUGAUAUUCAGACUAAUGGGGCGCCCCUGACUUUUGUAAAUCGGUCAGAACUCCCCACAGAUCAGUCAAAUUUGCAAAAAAUCGCUUGUUUCCAUGGAAAUAAGCGUCUAGACCAAUCAGAACACUGGAUUUUGUCCACAAAGUCCACUGGAUUUGGACUUUUUGACUGACCGACUUUGCGUAUGUCAGCUGCUCAUUGACUUGACUAAGCUCGUCGGCUCAGCCACUGUAUGAAAUUUGAUCACUGGACUACAGUUCAAUUGGAUUGUUAAUUGCUAGCGCUGCAUGAUAAUAGAUACUGAACUAUUAUAAAGUGCCACUGCAUGAUAAAAAAUAACUGGACUAUUGGUCGAAUAUUUAAUGCUUUAAUCAGACUUUAAUUAAGUUUGUAAUUUUUACGUUAGUCGCGUGACUGGUUUGACGACCCCUAGAUCCACCCCUGCUGUGAACCUUGCUGUCCUUUCCAUAAUUCUCUUGCAGUAUGCGCUUUGCUUCUUUCUAACCUUCAAUCGAAUGUGGCAAACCCACAAUGUCAUCUCUAGGUUUGUCCUUCACUAAUUCCAAUAGGUAGUGAAACUUGCUGAUCUCUGACAAGGUUGACCCAUCGACCUCCACACUGAAUUGGUUCCAGAAACGGAGCCAAUCCUUAUAAUCCCCAGAAAACGGUGUGAUAGUGUACCCUUUGUAACUUCACAGUUUGUUGUGACUUCUUGGAUGAAGCACCCUCAGUGUUAAUUUCCCCACUUAACUUUUGUAAUUCCAUCUUUUUUUUAACCAUUCUUCCUCCGUUUGUUGUUGCCGUAUCAUGGCCUCCUCCACUUCUUUUUGUGCUGUUCUCUAAACUUGGCUUGUUCAUAAUUCACUCUUCUUUGAUCUUCAAUGUCCCUUUUCAACUUUUUCUCUUGUCCCUUGUUUUGCAGUUCAUCCAACUGUUGCUUACAAUGAUCUCUCUGUUUGCGGAAUUGCGCAAUGCAGUCCUUUUGUUUCGCUGACCAUUCUUUGACAUACUCUAAGUCUUUAUCAUUGUCAACUAAAGUUUGAAGGGCUCCAUCCAUUAAUAAUUCCAACCGCUUUAUUGACUCAUUAAUCUUUUUAUAAGCUAAUACAACAUCAUCCUCACUAUUAGUUUCAGCAAGUUCUUGUGCUUCUGCCAGUUUAUUUUUUUCUAAAGUUACACAUUUCUCGUGUUUUGCUUCGCAAUCCAUGGUUUAACCUGUGGAAACCACCCAAAUUUGUUGUUUGUCCUUGGUUAAUUUAUUGUUUUGUUUUUGAAUACCGUCUAGCGCAAUUUAAAUAAUUUUUGUUACCAUCUAGCGCACUCUAAUUUAAUCCCGUAACCGUGUUUAUUUUAUACCGUAAAUAAUUUGGUUUCUCUUUGCUAUUGUCCCAGUAAAUAUAAAGUAAUUCCUCCCAAUAUUCCGAAAUAACGUUGAAAAUUAACCCCUACGCUUUUAAAUCACCAACCUGUUGCAUUUUGUUGUAUUAUCGAACGUAUUUGCUUGUGUUUAUCGCCGUCACGCCGUAUGCCAUAUCAGUUCUCGAUGAAAAUUCCUUUAAUGUCCUGGCAGGAUCGCCACCUUCAGUGUGGGGAAUCUCCCAGAAACACUGAAUGAUUCGCUUUCUUCAAUACACAUUUUCACUUUAAUAAACACAACUUUACAAACAUAAAUAGAAUGGUUUCCUUCGCCUCAAUAUAAACCUGUAUUGUCAGUCCAACGUGUCCGUAUUUCCGAUUAAUUCCCAAAAUAAUUAACAUAAAUUAUGUUUAAUAUCAACACCAGUCCCAGUUCUUACACAUGCGAAAGGCUAAUUUUUUAGAGAAAAAUGAAUAUUUAAACUAAAGCAAAUUAUCUGAAAUUUUGUACAGUAAUUAAAAACCCAACAAAAUUUUAAUCUAUCAACUCAAAAUAUGAUUAAAGCUUUUAAAUAUCGUGCGCAAGCCAUUUUUAGUUUGUCGAAAAAGACACCCCCCCCCCCCCUGAUUUACAAAAUUUGAGUUCGAGAAAUUGUUUUUAUUAUUCUACAUUAUAAGUACCCAAAGAAACUAUAUAUAUCAAAAACUGGAUACUAAUAGCUGUUUCGCGAAAUUGAGAGCAAUUUAAAAUCUGUUCAGUUUUUCUUUAACACACCCUGUAUAAAGCCCCUGGUCAAUUGUUAGAGUCACUUACUGAAGAAGUUGAUACUGCAUAGUCCUCUAUUUCGUUAGAAGCUGAAGUAAUUACUACUUGGUGACUUUAAAUAUAAAUGUGAACUUUUUAGUUACAAAAAAUGAUGCUUCCAGAGCUCUUAAGAGAAAACUUCUAAGCUUUACCAGCAUGUACAAUCUUGAACAAUUGCAACUUAUUGAUAAACCAACGAGAAUAGCAAAGAACUCAAGUACAUUGAUUGAUCUCCUAUUCUAUAACAAUAAUCAUCGAAUAGUUGGCUCUGGAGUCCUACCAUAGAUAUCUUAUAUACACUAGAUAGCGCAUCUCUUUUAGUAAAAUUGAAGCCAAAAAUUUUCCAGCGGUUACCCCCAUUUGAAUAGAUAGCGGCCAUGUAGGAAGUUCCCACUCGCUAAUAAACGCGUAAAAAACAACAAUAACUUUCAUCAUUUGAACAGUUUAAAAAUCUAUUUGGAAUAGGUUUAACUUAAUCUUUAAGUUCCCUGUUUAAGAAAUAGAAAACAUACGAAUCUUCUCAUUUCAUGGGAAUAUCCUGAGUCUGCAAUCACGGCUUCAAUUUUUGAAUUGCAGAAUAAUUUGAUGCACUAUCUAGUGUAUAUAAGAUAUCUUCUAUGAGUCCUACACGUAAACUUAAGUAACCAUUCUCUCAUCUGCUGUGUUGUUAAAGCGGGUGUACGCAGAGCACCAGGAAGAGUGGUAGAAUACACAUCCUACAAGACUUACUCAAAGCAAUCUUCCCUCGUUGAUCUUGAACAUGUUAAUUUCGAUCUUACUGACGAAGAACAAGUCAUUAAUGUCGCUGUAAGCAGUGGCGUAGCCAGCCCGACAAUUUAGUCCCGCUAUGCAAAUUCAAAAUUAUUAUCAUGCAUUAUUCAUUUCUUUAGAAAUUGAUUGUUCUCACAGUCGAUGAACACGAAAAUAUUUGCAUAGCGGGACUACCUUAUUAUAGGAAAUUAACGAUGCACUUUAUUAACGUAGCCUGCUCGCAGAAAAAUUCGCGUUACUUUAAUUAAUGUUAAUUUAUGUGAUCGUUAAUUUUAAGUAUGUAAUUUUCAUUUAUCGUUAGUUAAAACUACCUAGAUUUGUUUUAUAUAACACUAACUCUUUUAAUAUCAAAAUACAGCAUAUUAACGUAAACUAAAAACAUCAGUGCUCCGCUUAACAUUAAACCUUUGUUGUUGUUGUUGUGUCUAUAUUUUCCGAUUCGCGUUAAUUUAAUUAAUUUGUCAACCAUGGAGAUCAGAUUCGCGUUCAUAUAAUCAUGUUUUAAAAGACCUAGAAGCAAUCCGCGUUAAUUUGAUGUCGCGUUAAUUUAUGUCGCGUUAAUAAAGUGCAUCGUUAAUUUCCUAUAAUAUGGUAAAUCGUCGGGCUGGCUACGCUACUGGCUGUAAGUGAAUGGAAUGAACUGUUCACAAACGUUAUCGAUCUUCAUGUUCUAAUUAAGAAAUUGAGAACAAAGGGAAUUCAAACCCAAUGGCUUACUACUGAUUUAAGCAACGCAAUGCAAGAUCGCGACUAUCACCACCGCAAAGCCGUUAAGUCAAAUUCGCCAUUUCAUUGGAUGAUGUACAAGAAGAUUAAAUCUUACAUCAAUACAAAUGUUAAGAAAUGCAAAGCUGAAUACUACUCGAACCUGAUCAAUACGAAUAAAGGAAACGCUGGUGUUAAACGAUAUCUCGUCCCGAAAGUCUUACUCCUCGUAAUCGUGUAUUGAAGCUAAUGGUGUUUCUCAUACGAUACCGACCCAAAGUCUAUAGCUGAGUCAUUGAAUGAUCAUUUCUCAAGCAUAAUAUCCAAAUUGGUAACUAAGAUAAGAAAUUUGUAUCCAAAUCGGAAUUCUAUCAAGCAACCUAGUCAGUUUAGGGAAAAUGAACUUGUUUUCCAGCCAAUUGAAGAAAGUUAUAUGUAUGGUGUUCUGAACAAUCUUAAAACCAACAAAGCUAUAGGUCUCGACAAAAUCAGCGGGCGCUAGGUUACUUAAAGAUUCUUCCAGUGUUAUAACCCCCAUCUUAACCAAACUUAGGAUUAAUAUUAGUUGAAAGGCAGGUAAAAGGAGGCAGACUCCAUGUGUUCGACACGUUUCAAGAAAAGAUAGUGAUUUCUUUAUCCCAGAUGAUCUAGAUGAAAUUGUUCGCAAUUUCUUUUUAAUUAGUUCCGUGACUAAAGAAGAGUCGACUAUCACAAGGAGUCCUUCUCUUCUUUUAAUCCGCUUUCUAACAAACUAUUCUCAAGUACCUACACUUACAUUCUCUAAUAAAUCUGGAAAACAAGGGGCGCAUGAGACCGCCUAGUUAAUUGGCAGGAAAAAGCGAUCAUAGAGAAAAUGAUAGUAUUUUCGCACUGAAAUGUGUCUUUAUAAACAUGAUACCAGAAAUACCACUGGUCCAGGUAAAGGGUGGGCGUUAGGUCUAACCUUCUCUGAGAUUUCAGCGCCCCUGUGGAAAACACACUAUAAGUUGUUCACCCACAAAUUGUCGUUCACCCACAAGCUUUUUUUCAAUUACUUUCAUUGAUGCAGAUGCUGCUGUUCUGACACCGAAUAAUGGCAGUAAAUGGCUGAUGGCAAAAGAAGAAGUUCAACGUGCAGACAUUGUCUAUGUGGAAAUAAUUGAGCAUCUUUUAAAAACACAUCUUCUUAUGGAACCAAUUUGCACCAUCAUGCACCGAACAUUUUCCAAGUUGCAUCCUUUGUAUCAAUUAUUCUACCCACAUUGCAAAUACCUUGCUGUAACUAACAGUGUCGGGGUUCCUGCUCUCUUUGAUGAAAAUGAAUAUCUUCAUAUUCUCUUCUCUAUUGGUAAUACCGGCUCCAUUAAUCUUCUCAACAAAGGAUACAAAGAAAUGACAUGGGAGGACACAAACUUCGAGGAAAAUCUUAAG